AUGACAAGCCCGAUAAACCUUCCGCUGGUGGAUAUUUCGAACCCUGACUACAAUGCCGCCGGUAAAGCUAUGUUAAACGCUGCAGUGAAAUAUGGCUUCCUAUAUAUCGAUAGCAGGACAACCGCUUUCACAAAAGCUGAUGUAGAAAAUGCCUUUGAUCUGUCGAAAGAGUUCUUUGAUCUGCCAAUCUCAGAAAAAGCCCCUCACAAACGAGGACCAAAUAAUCUCGGCUGGGUCGGGAUGCAUGUCGAAACUCUGGAUCCUGAACACCAUAAGAGAGGCGAUUUCAAAGAGGCUCUCAACAUUUCAGAAACGAAGAAUGGAAAGAUCGUUCAACCAUUGCCACCAUGCAUCAUGAACCGUGAGGAGGAGAUUGCUCGUUUCUCGGAUCUUUGCAAUAAGACUUGUAUCCAAAUCUUGAAUCUUCUUGCACAUGGACUCGAGAUGCCGAAGGAUUUCUUCACGUCCCGACACGACUCAUCAAAGGGCUAUACAGGGAACUCAGUCCGACUCCUCUAUUAUCCAUCCAAUAUCCCAGGAUACUGUCCAGGCAAAGAUAUCCGUGCAGGCGCACAUUCUGAUUACGGCAGUAUCACCCUUCUAUUCCAGCGUCCCGGUCAGCCGGGGCUAGAAAUACAGACGCCGGAGGGUGAGUGGGCACCUGUGCCCGUAUACCCUAAUCAGGAUGAGUACCCAUUUCCUCCGAUUUUGGUUAAUAUCGGGGAUGCGUUGAGUUAUUGGACCGAUGGGCUUCUCAAGUCGACGGUGCAUCGUGUUGUUUUUCCUGAAGGGGACGAGGGCGCAGAUCGCUAUAGUAUUGCGUUCUUUUGUUCGCCUGUUGGGACUACGGAGCUUAGUUCUCUGCCCAGUGAUGUUGUCACUGCGCAUCGCGAGCGGGGAAAGGAGGAUGGGAAUACUACUGUUGGGUAUGGAGGUGGUGCUAGUGAACUUAAUGUUGGUGGGCGCAGACUUACUGCGGGUGAACACUUGCAGGCGAGACUAGCUGCGACUUACCUGUAG